UCUUCGUGCUGUCGUGGCACCACAUCGUGCUUCCAAAACAUUUCCCUUGACUCGUCUGCCACCCGGCCAUUUCCCUCCCCUUCCCCUCCGCCUCUCCCCUUCUCAUUUUCCGGUUCCUUCCUCUUUCUGGAAAAAAAGGAAUUCUUUGAGAAAACAAGGAGAAGGAAAAUUGACCGGCGGCAGCCCCUAUGAGGGAGAGAUCGGACGAUCAUCUUCCUCGAUCUGAAUAAUUCCGGGCGAGAUAGAUACGUAGGUCAGAUAGAAGGAAGAGAACAAGACGAGGAAUUUUUGUGGUGCUUGUUGCAGGCGGAAAAGAAUUCAAUAGAUUUUUUUUUUUUUUUUUUGUCCUUUUUUCUUUUUACGUUUUGGUUCAUCGGUUUUCUCCGGGCGGGGAGAUGUCGAACCUGUACGGGGAGUUCAACCAGAAGAUCGACUACGUGUUCAAGGUUGUGCUAAUAGGGGACUCGGCGGUGGGGAAGUCGCAGCUGCUCGCGAGGUUCGCGCGUAACGAGUUCAGCCUCGACUCCAAGGCCACGAUCGGGGUCGAGUUCCAGACGCGGACCCUCACGAUCGACCACAAGACCGUCAAGGCCCAGAUCUGGGACACCGCCGGCCAGGAGAGGUACAGAGCUGUUACAAGUGCUUAUUACAGAGGUGCAGUCGGAGCCAUGCUAGUUUAUGACAUGACCAAGCGCCAAUCUUUCGACCAUGUAGCUAGGUGGCUCGAAGAGCUUCGCGGCCAUGCUGACAAAAACAUUGUCAUCAUGCUGAUUGGAAACAAGUGCGACCUGGGAAGCCUUCGUGCAGUCCCCACUGAGGAUGCCAAAGAGUUUGCACAGAGGGAGAACCUCUUCUUCAUGGAGACUUCAGCCUUGGAAGCAACCAAUGUCGAAACGGCCUUCCUGAAUGUGUUGACAGAGAUCUACAGGAUUAUAAGCAAGAAAGCUCUUGUAGCUAAUGAAGAUGGUGAAGGUACUGGUAACGCUGCUUUGCUCAAAGGAACCAAAAUUAUUGUUCCUGGUCAGGAAACGGCAUCUGAUGUGAAGAAGCAAGCGUGUUGUAUGUCCACUUAGAGUUUCUGGAAGAAUUCUCAGAGAUGGUGGGAUCAUUUUUGUAUUUUUGUUCUUUUGAUUUUUUGCCGCUUCUCCCUGACAGCAUUACAGCAUGGCUGGUUUACCAGCUUUGCUGCUGUUCAUAAAACUAAUUACUUUUGGUAUAUUUUCUCACUCAAUAGAGGGGGAACAUAGACAGGUCGGAAGGUUUUUGUUUUUUA